CUGCCUGCCCUUUCGCUCGACUCGAGCCUCGCAUGUCUGCCUCCCGCUACCCGGCACUCGGCGAGCCAGGCCCGAGCACCUCGAAGCGCCGCCGAGUCGACACCCUCGAGCCCGAGACGGCCCACGAGCGGCACCAGCGCCUGUACGCCCUCAAGCGCUCGUACGACCGAGGCAGGCCACCGCCCAGACCCGCUUCCAAGCACGAGCUCGACGUCCUCAAGGAGCGCCACCAGUUCGUGCGCGACAGCAACGUCGAUCCCGCGACCCUGUCGUGGGAGGACCAGCUCGCGUUCAAGCACUACGAGACGCUCUUCAAGGAGUACGCGAUCGUCAACCUCAAGCAUUACAAGAGCGGCGCAGUCGCGCUCCGGUGGCGCACCGAGACCGAGGUCCUGUCCGGCAUCGGCCACCUCACUUGCGCGUCCCUGCGCUGCGCCCACCACGAGCCCUCGCCGUCGCUCCUCGCCGCGCUCGAGCUCGACGACGGCGCGGCGCCGCCCGACCCGGACGACGAGACGCCGCUCGUCGACGCGCGCCUCGAGGAGCUCGAGGUCCCGUUCGGGUACGACGAGCGCGGCGAGCGCAAGAGCGUUCUCGUCAAGGUCGUCCUGUGCCGCGAGUGCGCCAAGAAGCUGCGGUACGGGCGCAGGAAGGCCAAGGAGGACCGCGAGAGGACCGCAAGCGGGUCCGUCUCUCUCUCUCCCUCUCUGUCUCGCCGGCCUAAGGAACUGACACGGUGCUCGCGUAGGGCGGUGGCGGUGCGCUCGUCGAGCAGGGAGCGAAGCCCGCGGCGAGAGCGGCCGGACGAGGACCGGCGGCGCGAGCGGGACGACAGCAGAGAACGAGUACGUCCCCCGUCCGUCUCCCUCCUCCUCAAGAACGUCACUGACUCGGGGACGUGUGCGCAGGACUCGUCGAGGCACAGUGGGCAGCGUGCGAGCAGCCGGCGCGAGCGCGAGGGGGAGCGAUGA